AUGGCUUCUCCACAGCCGCGACACGAGACGAUCAACCUCGAGGAUUUCAACGAACACGCCAGAGCUCCCCGAAAUGUCCCACAACAAGGCAUUUGGUCGAACCGCAAAAACACAGAAGAUCAUCGAAGGUGGAGCAUUAUCGAAUUAGCAGGCGACAACCAUAGCGACUGGCCAAGAUAUGCCAAAGUAGACGAAGCUUCCUCGGCACACCCAUCACCUCUAAAGACCACUGUUUCCUUCAACCAAACAAACUUUCUCCAUCCUCCGACGCCCGAUAGAGAAGAUUGUUCCUACAGCCACAAAGGCAACGAGUUCAACGACACGAUAUCUCUUACGUCUAGAUCUCACAAGGAUGAAAACAAGAAAACGAGUCCAUUCGUGUGGUGGACGUUGUGUCUUUGGCUCGUCGGGGUGUUGAUGUUGACGCUGACGGCCCUUUACUCGACCGGUUCGGCCAAGGCUCUAAUGAGACAGAACUUCUUCGUCGCAUCGCCUAGUAACUCUAUCCUAAUCCUUCGUGUGAUGACAGAGCUUUGCGCUCUUGUCUUAGCUGCUCUCGUGGUCGUCGUUAUGGAAGACUUGCAAUGGGCCUUGGCAUCCCGCCCCGGCGGCGUUAGUCUAUUGCACUUUGUAGGACUUGACGCUGGUACUGGAGUAUGGGGGUUGUUGCGUCUUUUGGCAACGGCUGAAUGGAGGCAGAAGUACUCCAGUCUGUUCCGCCUGCUGGUCAUCUGCUCCAUUCCUCUGCCCGGUAUCAUCCUCAUGGGCGCUAUUUCCAUCGAACUAGUCACAUUCCCCGAGAAGACAUACAAUGUUUCGGCCGGGAUCGCUCCCUUCAAUGCCUCUUAUAUCUACGAAAUCCGCCAAUCCACAGCCACCGCGUUGCUAGUACAGAUGGGUAGCCCCGCCUGGUCUGACCGAGACACUUUUUCUCUAGAUCCCUUGCAUCAAGGUGUAGGGAAAUGCACCGGGGCAGACGGAGGAUGGGCCCCGUGUGACGAAUCGCAUCUGCUCACCGGCGGGGUGGUCUCAAUCGCGCCACAGGCAGACAACUUGACGAGCUAUCCGGACUCUGCGGCAUACGUAGUCCCCAACACCCGAGUCGCUCAGUUGGAAUAUGGCAAAGUACACGAUCUCGAUGGCCUACGGACCAAUGGAACUUGUUUUCUCAUCGGCGCCGACAGCGCUGCAUCGUACUGGUGUGCUGCUGUUGGCAAACAGAAAGGACUGCUUUUUGCUUGGACCAACCCUUUGGAACUAUCGUCGUCGCUAUACGUUUACUCGCGUUAUGCGACUAUCACCUAUGAUCGCGGUAACUUUUCGAUCCUCGACGUUUCAGACAUGACACCACCAGAGCAGGAUAUCAUUGGUCUCGAUGAGUACAUGCUCUCGUUAUCAGCAGUAGUCCCUGGCUUCAACAAGAGCGGCGGAGCUACAAAGGGCGACAACUCGGCAUUGGCCAUUUAUGCCGUCACAGCGCUACCGAUCAACGACAGUGAAGUGGCAAAGAAGCAGUCAUUGAGAGCCGUCAGAAAGGCUCUUUCUGUCCCAUUCAGUUACUUCCACGCAAACUACUUCUCUGACGGCCUCUCAAUUUGGGAACUCAAAGGCCCCCGCGAAGGUCUACCCGACGAUAUGUACUCCACCCUAGCCAUUUCUAUCCUCAGUCAUCAGGUUGUUGCUGGAACUAUCAGCAGGUGGUUCUUUGUCACAGUGGCAGGUAUCAUUCUGUGUAUAUCGUUGGCCAUCAUCAUAGCCACGUCCAGGGUGUGUGUAAAGAGGCCAGAGAGGUGCGGCUACCCGACGUUGGAUUUUGCUGCCGUGUGCGCUGUAAGAGGAGGGAUACCUUCUAGCUCUCCUGAGUGGGGUAAUACACAAGAGCCGACUAAUCAUGAGAGAGGUCAUGCAAGCGGUCUACACAGGAGCCUGACGCAGCUUGGGCAAAAGCCACAACCCUUCGGGGUUGCGAAGAACAUAAAGAACGAAAGAGUAAUACUAAGCUAAUGAGAUUUUGAG